AUGAAGUUUUGGAGCAUCUUUCUCGGAGCUGCACUCGCUGCUGACAGUCAUGGAUGGAAUGAUAACAUUGACUGGGUUACGCUAGAUGAGGCGAAAGAAGCUUCCAAGACGAAUGGCAAGGCAACAAUGCUCGUGAUUCAUAAAAGUUGGUGCGGGGCCUGCAAACAGCUCAAGCCCAAGUUUGCCGGAGACAAAGAAAUUGAAAAGCUUUCAAGCAAUUUCAAUAUGGUUAAUGCUCUUGAUGACGAUGAGCCAAAAGGAGAGCAAUACACCCCUGAUGGCGGCUACAUUCCCAGAAUUCUGUUUUUGGACACCGAUGGAAAUGUUAUGAAGGACAAGAUUAAUGUUGGGGGAAAUGAGAAGUACAAGUACUACUACCCCUCCACCGCCGGAAUCGUCAAGUCGAUGGCCGCCGUCUCUAAGGACUUCAAGCACGAAGAGCUUUAA